AUGCCUGGACAAGACAUAGUUUAUACGGUCCACAAAUUUGAAGCAGAGAAUGUGGAUGAAAUCUCGAUCAAUGUCGGCGAGCAAGUCAUUGUUAUCGAGAAGGAUGAAGGUUUCAACGAUGGUUGGUGGCAGGGACGUAAUGUACGAGGCGAAAUUGGUCUUUUUCCCAUUUCAUACACAGUAAAGCAUCCUCCUACAUUAGCCGCUUCUUCACUCGCAUUGGAAAACAAGAUUGAUUUAUUGGAGAACGCCAUAUCCAAGAUGAAAGCACCUACAUCAGCCAGCGCUGCAUCACAGCCAAAGAAAACGAUCAGCUCCAUGUCGUCCAUGUCAUCUAUUUCAUCGAAAAAUAUUCAUUCAGCAGUGCAUCAAUCGCUGGAAAAUCCGUUACUAAGCAGCAAAGUAGAGGAAUGGACGUCUGACCAAGUGUCAACGUGGCUGAUCAGUGUUGGAUUCGACAAACAGCUGGCAGACAAUUUCAAAGAUCAGGAAAUCACUGGCGACAUUCUAUUGGAAUUGACUCUGGAUUCUUUAAAAGAAUUGGAUGUUACUACAUUUGGCAAAAGAUUCAAAAUUCACAAUGCCAUCAAUGCUCUUCGACAGGAAACCAGAAAGCAAAAACAGCACACAUCUCCAGCUGACAAUUCUGUGUCAAGUAAAAAUAUAGAAGCACGGGUUGCUUCUCCAUUUCCAGACUUGGGCAAUCAUCGUAGUAACAAUAAUGCGCUUUCGUCAUAUUACAACAGCAAUAAACAGCAGCAGCCAUAUCCUGACGAUGACUUGGUGUCAGAUUACAGCACUGUCAUUAGAAACUCUCAAUUAGCACCGCCAAAGACAACCGUUCAAAAGAGCUCCAUGCCUCCACCUCGCCCAACUAUUCCGCUUGACAUGGAUUUGAUUGCUUCAUCGCCUAGAUUGUCGAACCUCGUUGAACGUCAGAAUGUAGAACAUUCGAAAACCAAUAAUAUGGAUCGACAGGAGCAGCAAUUGCAAUUGCAGAUCCAGCAGAAUCAAUCCGGUUUACUGCAGCAACAACAACAGCAGCAAAGAAUUCAAUAUCUUCAGCAACAGCGGCCCACCUCACAUCAAGUCAUCUCCACGCCUACACAGAAUAACCAAGCAGCGUCAUACUGGAAACGUAGCACAAUGAACAAUAUCAAGACACAGGAGUCUAUACCAGAGGGCCGAUCAUCUACGUCGAGUCGAUAUAGCUUUAUGCGUUCUUCAUUGAUGCCAUCCGGCAACAAACUGCAAAACAUAUUGCCUACAAAUGCGCCCAGUGUGCGUAGAUCAGAGGAUGUGUCCUUGUCGGAAGUAACAGCUGCACCGGAUAUGGAAGGCUGGUUAUACAAGCAAGGCGACAAAUACAAGACUUGGAACAAGAGGUGGUUUGUGCUCAAGGCAAAUAAUUUGUUCUACUUCAAGAGCCCCAAGGCUGUGCGAAUGAAGGGCAUCAUCAACUUGAAGGGCUACAGAAUCGAAGUGGAUGAGUCCAUUCAGCCCGGAAAAUACUGCUUCAUGGCUCAUCAUGAGAGGGAGAGAACCUUUUACUUUUACACAGAGUCGGAGAAGCCUAUGAAAGAUUGGCUUAAAGCAUUGAUGAAGGCAACGAUUGCCAGAGAUUUUGCCACACCUGUCAUGUCAUCCAGUACGAUCCCUACCAUUUCAUUGGAAAUGGCUCGUCGCAUGCGCCCUCGCCCUCCCUCUACCAUCUUUCUUUCUCAAAACGAUCCCAUGCGUGCAAGCUCACCUGCGCCAUACCGCAACAAUAUGAACCAGCACUUUUCACUCAUGUCAUUAGACGAACGAGCUCAGCCUAUCAUGCAGUUUUCUCACCAACAAGACAUGUCUGUCAAUGGUGGUUCUCGCGCUCCUUCCGUCAUGAGCACACGGCCAAUGGACCAGCAAAAGCGUAUGUUGCCAGACAAUGCAUCCGAUUAUUCUAUAGAUCAGCGCAGUCGACUGAAAGACUCGGGCUUCAAUAGCACACACGGAGGAACCGCACUGACACGAUCUGCCACUGAGAGUAGCCGCAGUUCAUCCGGGCGCCAAAGCAUAUCCAUGGCAUCCGUGCAGCAACAAUCUACCAACGAUACGGCCACUGUGAAUAACAUUGCAUUCUAUCUUGACGAAGAGGACGAAGAUUUGAUUGAUCCAGAGCAUAUGAGCGUCAUUGAGUCCAACCGUCCUACUGCAACAACAGCGUACAGAGACAGCCCAGACCGCUUCUCACAAGUAACUGCUGUGCUAGAUACAAGGCCUACAAAGCAAGAUGCGUAUGUUGACUGGGUCAAUGCUCAUAUUCAGGGCAACAUCAACAACCUGACAGAUCUGAGCUCAGGCGAAGUUUUGUUGGAAUUUCUGGAGGCCUUGACCAGCAAGGAGAUACUGAAACCUGUCGUAAUGCCUGGUCAAACAUUGAAUGCUCAACGCAUGGAUCGUGUGAUUGCAGCAUUCAAGUUUAUGAGCCUUGAAGGUGUUGAUAUGGAUGGCUCUUGUACCAUCAGAGAUGUCCUGAACGGCAAUGAUAUCAAGAUCAUGCACAUGCUGGACGCAGUAGAGUAUUGGUCCAAAUCACAAACGAACGAAACUAACGGCAAAAAGAUGGCCAGCGGUGGCACUUUUGGCGAGGACGAUCAAUGUAAACUAAGAGAGCUGGAAGAAGAAUCUGAAAACAUCCUUCCACCCAAUUCAUUUGCCUCUCGAUAA